CUGAUCUGUUCCCCUUAGGCCAUUGAAGCCUGCCAUCAAGCAGAUCCCUUCCUCCUGAGCCAUUGAAGCCCUUCAAAACAGAUCAAACACCGCCUCGGGACGUUGCUCGUCUCUGCCCGCGCUCACUUCUUGCAAUCCACAGCAUGGCAGAUGAUUUAGAUGAUGAUGGCGGGAUUAAUUGCUCGGUUGAUGAGAGAGAUGAGUUGCCUCAGAAUACUGAUCAGCAGAUUGAGCAAAAUGAGCCUAAAAUUGGGAUGGAGUUUAAUGAUCCAGAUGAAUUGUUUGAGUUCUACAGAGACUAUGCAAAGAGCAGUGGAUUUCCAGUUAAGAAACAUACAAGAAGGAAGAAUGUAAUAGGCAUUGUUAGAAGUAUAACUUUAGUAUGUGGUCGAGCUGGCAAACAUAAUAGUACUUGUCAAAAUCCUUUAAAACCACAAGCAAGCUACAGAGUUGGGUGUAAUGCAAAGAUAACAGCUAGGUUAAAUCUGGACGGAAGAUGGGAAAUAUCUGUGGUUGUUCUGGAGCAUAAUCAUGGCCUUAGCCCUACUAAAAGUCGUUUCUUUCGAUGCAACCGAAGAAUUAGUGCACAUGUUAGACAUCAAAUUAAUCAGAAUGAUCAAGCCGGAAUCAGAAUCAACAAAAAUUUUAGCUCACUGGUACAUGAGGCUGGUGGAUAUGAGAAUCUGUUGUGUGAUGAAAAGGCUUGCAGGAACUUGGUUGAUGAAUCAAGGCGUUUACGUCUCGGCGAAGGUGAUGCUUCAGCGAUUAUGAAAUAUUUUUCAAGGAUGGUUGCAGAAAAUUCAGGUUUCUAUUUUGAUAUUGAAUUGGAUGAUGAAGAUCAUUUGAAAAAUGUAUUUUGGGCAGAUGGUAGGAGCAGAGAAGCUUACAAAGAGUUUGGUGAGGUCGUCACUUUUGAUACCACAUACUUAACAAAUAAGUAUGAUAUGCCAUUUGCACCAUUUGUUGGCGUUAACCAUCAUGGGCAAUCAAUUUUACUUGGAUGUGGGUUGAUUUCAAAAGAAGACACAGAGACUUUCAUAUGGCUAUUUACGAAGUGGGUUGAAUGCAUGGAUGGAUGUGCUCCGCAAGGGAUAAUAACUGACCAAGCAAGAGCCAUGAAAAAUGCAAUUGAGAUUGUUUUUCCAAACACUAGACACAGAUGGUGUUUGUGGCAUAUAAUGAAGAAGUUGUCAGAAAAGUUAGGAAGGUACACUGAAUAUGAGGCCAUAAGUUCUACCAUGAAAGGAGUGGUGUAUGACACACAAAGUCCACAAGAGUUUGAAAUACAGUGGAAUGAAAUGGUUGACAUGUAUGGAUUGGAGGAUUGUGAUUGGUUAUGUGAAUUGUACGAGGAGAGAAACCGAUGGGUUCCAUGUUUUGUCAAAAAUUGUUUUUGGGCAGGAAUGUCAACUACUCAGCGAAGUGAAAGCAUGAAUGCUUUUUUUGAUGGAUAUGUCAAUUCGAAAACAAGUCUGAAACAGUUUGUAGAGCAGUAUGAAAAUGCAUUAAGAAACAAGACUAAAAAGGAGAUGCGGGCCGAUGCUGAGUCAUUUUCAAAAGUAAAAGCUACCGCAACAACUUAUGAUAUGGAGAGUCAAAUUCAGGGAGUCUACACUUUAGCAAAGUUUAAAGAGUUUCAAGCUGAAUUCACGGGAAAGUUAUAUUGUGAUAUUGCAAACUUUCAUGAGGGAGUAGGGGUGCUUGAGUAUGUCGUUCGGGACUUGACUUUGCGGUUGGAGGGCGGCAAAAGGAUUCCUAAAUUCUUCAAAGUAUCCUUUCGUGAAACGGACAGUGAAGUUGAAUGUGGCGAAAGGAUGUGA